AUGUCCAACCCGGCCAUAUCUCUCGUCCACGGACCGAAUGAGCCAGCCCUGUCCGAUCUGACGAUUGGCCAACUGGCAGACCAACAAUCAGCCAAAUAUGGAGACAAGGAUUGUAUAAUCAUCGGGUGGAAUAACACGCGUCUUAGCUACCGGGAGCUGAGCGACAGCAGCAAGGUCAUUGCUCGUGGAUUGCUAGCCCUUGGAGUGCAAAAUGGUGACCGUAUCGCUAUCUUGUCUGGUGACGAUGAACGCUUCAUACAGCUAUUCUUCGCGGCUGCACGCAUUGGCGCUUGUCUGGUUAUUAUCAAUAAGACAUACACAGUCCCAGAGUGCCUGCGAGCUCUCAAGCACACAGAACCUGUGAUUCUUUUCGUAUCUAAUGUCGUGGAUCGCCGGCCGACUUUUCCUAUCCUCGAAAAGCUCAGACAGGAUCACAAUAGAGUCAAACAUAUCGUGAUGACCAGAUGGGAUACACUCCGCGCCAACAACCCACCAUCUACGUGGGAUAGCAUCCUGAGUGCCGCAGAUUCCAUCAGCGAUUCGGAACUGGACAAGCGUCAAGCUCUGGUUGACAAACACUCUACCGUCAACAUCCAAUUCACCAGUGGUACAACAGGCUCCCCAAAAGCGUCAAUGCUUACUCACUUCAACAUCGCCAACAAUGGCUUCUACAUGGGACACUACCUCCAGCUAGUCCCAGAAGACGUUGUGUGCUGUGGCCCACCGCUUUUCCACUGUUUCGGCCUCGUCGCAGGUCUCCUGGCCGCCUUCACUCACGGCUCAUCAAUCAUUUACUCUGCACCGGAUUUUGACGCAGCAGCAGUGGUGAGGAUGGUUCUUAAAGAGCGCUGUACCGUUUUGCACGGUGUUCCAACCAUGUUUACUGCAGUCAUCAAGGAGCUCGAGAAGACUGGACGGUCUGUCAAUACUAUCCGGAAGGGUUUCGCCGCUGGAACAAAAGUUCCACGCGCAAUGUUGUUGGAAAUGGGUGAGAAACUAGGGUUCCGUCAUAUCGCUAGCCCAUACGGGAUGACGGAGACUGCACCAACGAGUUUUAUCGUCAGAGUUGAGGAUAGCCUCGAGAGGAAAUUGGAGACUGUGGGUACACCUCUGCCUCACGUUUCAGCAAAGAUUGUGAAUCCUCAAAAUAAGAUUGUCCCACGCGGAACAAGGGGUGAGGUUUGCGUUGCUGGCUGGCACUUGCAGCAAGGCUACUUCAAGAACCCUGAGAAGACCGCCGAAGUCAUGAUAAAGGACGAAGACGGCACUGUGUGGAUGCACACUGGAGACGAGGGAGUCAUCGAUGAACAUGGCUACCUAAGCAUCACGGGACGUAUCAAAGAUAUCAUUAUCAGGGGUGAGGAGUUCCACUGUCGUAUCCGAGUCAACAUUUCUUUUUUUAAAACACAUUAUCGAUUACUGACCUUUCUGAUAGGUGGCGAGAACAUUUAUCCCGUCGAAAUCGAAGAGAGGCUACUACAUCAUCCAGCUCUUAGUCACGCCAGCAUUGUUGGGCUGCAAGACCCUCGUUACGGCGAGUCCGUCAAUGCAUUUCUCGAACUGCGCCCGGACCAAACAAAACCUACACUUGAAGAAGUCAAAGCCUGGGUUCGCGAGACGCUGGGCCGUCACAAGGCCCCCGUUAGAGUCUUCUGGGUCGGCAAUGGUGAGAGCAUAACGCAAUAUCCGGUCACGGGGAGUGGGAAGAUUCGGAAGGAGGUCCUGAGGGAGAUUGGAAAUAAGAUGAUUUCUCCAAGCGCAGCGCUAGUAUCGAAGCUAUAG